AUUUGAAAUUAUUAAUUACUGAAAUACAAAGUUGAAAAAUCAAGUUCCAAUAAAACGCAAGCAGAAUGGAGAAACAACAAGUUUGGGUGCGUGAUCCCAAUGAAGGGUAUAUUCAAGGUAUCAUACAUGAAAUUUUACCCGAUGAAGUUGAAGUUGUACCUUUGGAUAAAAAAUUUCAAAAGCGGACAUGUUCCUUUGAUGAUAUUUAUCCAGCUGGUGAAUAUACCACAGAUGUUGAUGAUAAUUGUGAAAUGAUGUUUUUAAAUGAAGCAACAUUAUUGAAUAAUAUUCGAACAAGAUAUAAUAAAGAUAAAAUUUAUACAUAUGUAGCUAAUAUUUUAAUUGCUGUGAAUCCUUAUAUGGAAAUUCCUAAUCUUUAUUCACCGAAGACAAUAAAAUCAUACCAAGGAAAGUCAAUCGGCCAAAUGCCUCCACAUGUAUUUGCUAUAGCGGAUAAAUCAUUUCGUGAUAUGAAAGUACUGAAACAAUCACAAUCGAUAAUUGUUUCUGGUGAAUCUGGUGCUGGAAAAACUGAAUCGACUAAAUAUAUUUUAAAAUAUUUAUGUGACUUAUUUGGGUCAACAGCUGGUCCUAUUGAACAAAAAAUUUUAGAUGCUAAUCCAAUAUUGGAAGCUUUCGGGAAUGCAAAAACAACACGUAAUAAUAACAGUUCACGUUUUGGAAAAUUUAUGGAAGUGCAUUUUAAUAGCAAAUAUCAAGUUGUUGGUGGAUAUAUCUCACAUUAUUUAUUAGAAAAGUCACGAAUUUGUACGCAAAGUGCCGAAGAAAGGAAUUAUCAUGUAUUUUAUAUGUUAUGCGCUGGUGCCCCAGAGAGCUUACGAUCAAAGUUACAACUUACAAAACCCGAUGAUUAUCAAUAUUUGAAAAAUGGAUGUACACAAUAUUUUACAACUGCAGCGUCUGAGAAAAAAUUAAAUAUGUCACAAAAAAGUAAAACGCAUAUAUCUACUGGAAAUUUAAAAGAUCCUUUAUUGGAUGAUGUAGAAGAUUUUGUACAAUUAGAUCAAGCUUUAUCACGAUUAGGGGGUCUAGACGAAAAUGGACGCUUGGAAAUUUACUGUCUUGUGGCUGCUGUACUACAUUUAGGGAAUGUAGCAUUUGAAGAAAAUCCAGAAGAUGCAAAAGGAGGAUCACGUGUUACAGCAAAUUCAGAAAAGUCAUUAAUAAUUGCUUCACGUUUAUUAGGAAUUGAUUCAAUGGAAUUACGCCAAGCUCUAGUAUCACGUGUUAUGCAAAGUAGUCGCGGUGGUGUUAAAGGAACUGUCAUCAUGGUUCCGUUAAAAGUUUAUGAAGCCAAUAAUGCUAGAGAUGCUUUAGCUAAAGCUAUUUAUAGUAAAUUAUUCGAUCAUAUUGUACAAUGUAUCAAUAAAAGUAUACCAUUCCAGGCUUCUAGCUAUUAUAUAGGUGUUCUAGAUAUUGCUGGUUUCGAGUAUUUCACCGUUAAUAGUUUCGAACAAUUUUGUAUAAAUUAUUGUAACGAAAAAUUGCAACAAUUUUUUAAUGAACGAAUACUAAAGCAUGAACAAGAUUUGUAUAAAAAAGAGGGUUUAAAUGUCCCCGAAAUUAAAUUUACAGAUAAUCAAGAUUGUAUUGAUUUAAUUGAAUGCAAAGGAACGGGCAUAUUUAGUAUCCUCGACGAGGAGUCUAAAUUACCAAAGCCGAGUUUUACACAUUUUACAGCCGAAGUACAUAAUCAUUGGCCUAAACAUUUUAGAUUAGCACUUCCAAGAGCUUCCCGAUUAAAAUUACAUCGAACAAUACGUGAUGAUGAAGGUUUUCUUAUACGUCAUUUUGCUGGUGGUGUAUGUUAUCAAACUAAUCAAUUCAUUGAGAAAAAUAAUGAUGCCUUACAUGCAUCACUUGAAGGGCUGGUACAAGAAAGUGGACAUCGACUAUUAAAAAGUCUGUUUCAAUCAUCAAAUUCAUCGUUACAAAAAGGAAAAUUAACAUUUAUUAGUGUUGGAUCAAAAUUUAAAAGUCAAUUAAGUGAAUUGAUGGAUAAACUGAAGAGUACAGGCACAAACUUUGUUCGUUGCGUAAAACCUAAUAAUAAGAUGAUUAGUCAUCAAUUUGAAGGUGGUUUGAGUUUAACUCAAUUGAAAUGUUCUGGUAUGACCACAGUAUUAGAUUUAAUGGCACAUGGAUAUCCAUCACGCGCACCAUUUGCCGAUUUAUACGGAAUGUACAAACAAUAUUUGCCAAAGGAAUUAUUAACACUUGAACCAAGAGUAUUUUGUGAAGCCAUGUUACAUAGCUUAAAUUUAAAUAGUAAAGAUUUCAAGUUUGGUAUUACUCGAGUAUUCUUUCGGCCGGGUAAAUUUGCUGAAUUUGAUACAAUCAUGAAAUCAGAUCCAGAAAACUUGAAAGCAAUUGUUCAACGUGUCAAAAAAUGGUUGGUGAAAUCUAGAUGGUUAAAAUCACAAUUUUGUGCCUUAUCAGUAAUUAAAUUAAAAAAUAAGAUACUUUAUCGCCGAAGAGCACUUAUUAUUAUACAAAAGACUAUACGAGGAUAUUUAGUACGAAAGAAACAUAUGCCACGUUUUAAAGGAAUACAGAAAAUUAAGAGUUUGAAAUCACAAGUGAAACAAAUGCAAGAAGUUGCUUCGCAAAUUAAGAAAGAUAAAGAUAUAAUUAUGUCAGAUAUUAAUAAAAUACAAUCAAGUAUUGAAGAGACGAUUAUGAAAAUUAAGAAACAAGAUUCAAUAACCGGCAGUCAAGUAGAGGCAUUGUAUAAACAAUUAUUAGAUUUAACAAAUAAUCAAAUGAAUUUAUUACAAAAACGAAUGCUUGAACAAAAGAAUGCAGAAGAACAAGAACGGUUGAGAAAAAUUCAAGAACAAAUGGAACUUGAAAAGCGCCGUAAAGAAGAAGAAGAACGUAAGCAACGAGAAGAAGAAGAAAAUCGCAAAAAAAAAUCCGAAAUGGAAGCACGACGAAAAAUCGAAGAAGAAGAGAAACGUCGACAAGAAAUUGAAGAUAAAAAGACAGCUGCAUUACUACAGGCUGAAUUGGAGAAAGAAGCUCUGGAAGAGCGUAACUAUCGUCAACAAUUGGAUCAAGAACGUCAUGAUCUGGAGUUGGCGCUACGACUAGCGCAAGAAAGUAAUGGCCAACUAGAAGACUCUCCACCCACUAUACGCAGUGCCAGCUCGGAUGUAUGCGGUUUCCAGAACAAUUAUAAAUUCAACAGAUCGGAAGCAGUUCGCAAUCAACAGGCAAUACAAGGCAAACAAAAAUACGAUUUAUCUAAAUGGAAGUAUUCAGAAUUACGUGACACAAUUAAUACAUCAUGUGACAUUGAACUAUUGGAAGCUUGCCGUCAUGAAUUCCAUCGUCGUUUGAAAGUAUAUCAUGCUUGGAAAGCAAGAAAUCGUAAACGCACGGUAAUGGAUGAAAAUGAACGCGCACCCAAAUCAAUUAUGGAUGCUGCUGUAAAAGCACCUAAAGUUCAACCAAAAAUGAAUUCUGUUGAGAAUUCUCAACGUUACUUCCGCAUACCAUUUGUCCGUCCGCCAAAUCUAAUAAAUGGUACCACUCCUGAACAACAGCCAAAUGGGAAACGUGGUUGGUGGUAUGCUCAUUUUGAUGGACAAUAUGUUGCCAGACAAAUGGAAUUGCAUCCUGAUAAGCCUCCAAUAUUAUUAAUUGCCGGAAUUGAUGAUAUGCAAAUGUGUGAAUUAAGCUUAGAUGAAACGGGAUUAACACGAAAGCGAGGCGCAGAAAUAUUAGAAAAUGAAUUUAACCGUGAAUGGGAACGUAAUGGUGGUAAACCCUAUACUUGCCCUAGUGAUCGAAAAAAAUAAUUAACUUAUAUUUUAUAUGCAAAGCGUAACAAAUAAAUUUUUAAAAAAUAUAGCUUCUUGUUCACGUAGAUAAACGAAAUUAUUUACACCUAAAAAUUUUAUUUUAAGUUAUAUAAUUAAAAAUUAAAUUCUAUUAAAUGUUGAAAACAUUCCUUUGUAAAGACCUAGUCUUGAUUGAAAAAACAAAAUAUUUAUUGAUUACUAUUAAACAUUUGU